ACCAGCAGUACUACCAGCAGUACUACCAGCAGUACUACCAGCAGCUCUACCAGCAGUACUACCAGCAGUACUACCAGCAGCUCUACCAGCAGUACUACCAGCAGUACUACCAGCAGCACUACCAGCAGUACUACCAGCAGUACUACCAGCAGUACUACCAGCAGUACUACCAGCAGUACUACCAGCAGUACUACCAGCAGCACUACCAGCAGUACUACCAGCAGUACUACCAGCAGUACUACCAGCAGUACUACCAGCAGUACUACCAGCAGCUCUACCAGCAGCUCUACCAGCAGCUCUACCAGCAGUACUACCAGCAGCUCUACCAGCAGCUCUACCAGCAGUACUACCAGCAGCUCUACCAGCAGCACUACCAGCAGUACUACCAGCAGUACUACCAGCAGUACUACCAGCAGUACUACCAUCAGUACUACCAGCAGCUCUACCAGCAGCUCUACCAGCAGUACUACCAGCAGCUCUACCAGCAGUACUACCAGCAGUACUACCAGCAGUACUACCAGCAGUACUACCAGCAGUACUACCAGCAGCUCUACCAGCAGCUCUACCAGCAGCUCUACCAGCAGCUCUACCAGCAGCUCUACCAGCAGUACUACCAGCAGUACUACCAGCAGUACUACCAGCAGCUCUACCAGCAGCUCUACCAGCAGUACUACCAGCAGUACUACCAGCAGUACUACCAGCAGUACUACCAUCAGUACUACCAGCAGUACUACCAGCAGUACUACCAGCAGCUCUACCAGCAGUACUACCAGCAGUACUACCAGCAGUACUACCAGCAGCUCUACCAGCAGUACUACCAGCAGCUCUACCAGCAGUACUACCAGCAGUACUACCAGCAGUACUACCAGCAGUACUACCAGCAGCUCUACCAGCAGCUCUACCAGCAGUACUACCAGCAGUACUACCAGCAGCUCUACCAGCAGUACUACCAGCAGUACUACCAGCAGCACUACCAGCAGUACUACCAGCAGUACUACCAGCAGCUCUACCAGCAGCUCUACCAGCAGUACUACCAGCAGUACUACCAGCAGUACUACCAGCAGCUCUACCAGCAGUACUACCAGCAGUACUACCAGCAGCUCUACCAGCAGUACUACCAGCAGUACUACCAGCAGCACUACCAGCAGUACUACCAGCAGCUCUACCAGCAGUACUACCAGCAGUACUACCAGCAGCACUACCAGCAGUACUACCAGCAGCUCUACCAGCAGCUCUACCAGCAGUACU